AUGGCUCAGCCAACAGACCAGCAGCAGGAUGCGCGCUCCUUCCUGAGCGAAGAGAUGAUCGCGGAGUUCAAGGCCGCCUUCGACAUGUUCGACACUGAUGGCGGCGGUGACAUCAGCACCAAGGAAUUGGGCACAGUCAUGAGGAUGCUGGGCCAGACACCAACCAAGGAAGAGCUGGACGCCAUCAUUGAGGAAGUAGAUGAAGAUGGCAGCGGUACCAUCGACUUCGAGGAGUUCUUGGUCAUGAUGGUGCACCAGAUGAAGGAGGACGCGCAGGGCAAAAGUGAGGAGGAGCUGGCCGAAUGCUUCCGCAUCUUCGACAAGAACGCCGAUGGCUACAUUGAUGGAGAGGAGCUGGGCGAGAUCCUGCGCUCAUCUGGGGAGGCCAUCACGGAAGAGGAGAUUGAGGAACUCAUGAAGGAUGGAGACAAAAACAAUGACGGCAAAAUCGACUUUGAUGAGUUCCUCAAGAUGAUGGAGGGCGUGCAAUAA